GGCCACUCCAAGGGAGAUAACUCGCAUCAUUUAUUUGGCUCGAGUCGAGAGGAAAGAUGGCGACGUCGAAAGGCUCGCAACCUCUGGACACACGGUCUGAACUGAUCGAGCUUGUGCGACGGCGAGCGGAAAUCGCGGAAACUCUUGCAAAUCUUGAACGACAGAUUUAUGCAUUUGAAGGCAGCUACCUGGAAGACACUCAACUAUAUGGAAAUAUCAUCAAAGGCUGGGAUCGCUAUCUGACUAACACUAACAAAGCAGAUAAACGUAACAGAAAAUUUAAAGAAUCUGACCGAUUAUUCUCUAAAUCAUCAGUCACAUCAGCUGCAGCUGUGAGUGGCAUAACUGACCAGUCUGAGAGAAGCAGGGACCCUCAAAGCCCUGAUGCCAAUGGCAGUUUAAAUGUAGGCACUCCGAACUCACAAAGCAAUGGAGCCAGCUCACCUACAGACAGUGUAGGUGGUCACUCAGGGCCAUCUUCUAACCAUGCUGCUGGCAAAAUUAUGAAAAAUGCAGGACGCUAUAAAAAAGGGAAAAGCAAAGGUCGAAACAGAAUGGAUCCUAAGCAACGGAAAGGCAAAGACAGCAACUCCUAGCGGUAAACAUAAUGGUAGCAGAGGAAAUAAUGCUGGACAAUACAAGAGGAGGCCGUGUGUAGCUCCAUGGUAAACUGUUGGUGCAUGAUUUCUGCAGAGGACUGGACCUAAAUGCUGCAUGCUGGAAAACAUUGAUGACAUCCAUCAGAGCACUUUUAGUGAAUCUGCUUGAUCCUGUCAAGUUCAGAGUGGGAAAGGGAGAGAAUUCUUGUCACUUGCUUCUGCAUCAAGAUUCCUUUUCUUUCAUUAUUCAUUUAGUACCUUUUAGGCUUGUUUUUUUUCCCCCUUUAUGAUCUUUCACUAGGGUAAAUAAUUUCAGUGUAAAUACUCUCUUCUACACCAGCUAUUAAUGCUCUUCUCUUUUUCCCCUACUGUCAGUAAAUUUGCUUUCUUUAUCUAAGUUCACUGCUAGCUAUCAACUGUUCAUUUCAUUGUAACCAUUUACAUCAUUGUGUUAUUAUUGGUUGUCACAGAUCUGUGUAACUUACACUCACUCUUGACUUUCCUGGACAAAGGACUUUGAAUGUGACAAAAUGAAAAAUAUCCUUCUAACACUAACUUCAAUUUUCACAAUGCAUUUGAAGUAUGUACCAGACUCAUUGGGUGGAAAUUACAGGUGGAAAAAUAGAGGAGAGAAGGUGAAACAUAAAUGAGAUAAAGAAACACAACCAAACCUAAUCUCCACUGUCACAGGUUGGAAUUAAAAUUAUAAAUAUCCUUGGUUUCACCUUAAACAAUGUCUUCAAUCAAACAGCCCAGUGAAUUAACAGGCCUUUAUGCUGUAGCAAAAUUGCAAUAUUCUUGGUCUGUUGUCUCACCGUAAUAAGAGAAUGAGGAUUGGGUCCUGGCCCAGCCAUCUUUCCUUCUGGUAGUUGUAAAUAUAUAAAUACUGCAGAUGAUCACUGUUGGCAUCAGGGUUUUAAAGUUAAUUCUACUUACAAUAGGGCAAAAGUCACUAUGACAUGGGCUCAAACUUCCUGUUCCAAAACAUCUGUGAAGUUAAAAUUAGGGUCACAAUAUGUCAAAAAAACUAAGGUAUGCCACCCUUUCUGACAAGGGAUCUAUCUAGGCAAUGUUUAAAAACAGUAGGGCAGUAUGUCACAUGGGAAGCUACUGCUGGGUUGACAGUAUCUUUAAUAUGUGCCAGUUGCUGAUGGUGCACUCUGGGGUCACUGUGGGUAAUAUUGCCUGACAAAGGCAGAGGUUAAACGCAGUUGCUGGGUCAAGCGACAAAUACAAUGUUUUUCAAAUCAGAUCAGGCUCUCCAAGACAGGCAGGCACAUCCCAUUUAGUCAUGGGUCCCAAGCAGUCCUGCCUAGGGGAAGAUCCUGUAAAUCAGCACAUUUAUUCAGUGCUUAAAUCACAUUUGUCCCUCAAGAGGCAUCUUGCUUUAGGGUAAAGCUAAUGGUCACAUAUUUUUUUAACGUGGACUUUAUUUUUUACAACUAAGUGCCGAGCAUUAACAAAGUCACAUAAUGUAAGGUACACAUAAUCAUAAUUUUCAUUCAUCCAUCUCACAAAAGGCAGUACAAAAAUACGUAAAUCACAUGAUGGUGAUUUUCAUUUAUCCAACUCUAGUUAAUCAUACAAAAAGGCUACCUUGAUUGAUGAGGCCACAUGUGUUUCUUUACAACCGUGGCAUGCAUAUGUUUUCACAAGCACAAUUGACCCCUGAAUGCUUGCUAGUACAAAGUUUUUUCCAAGCCCAUACUUAGUGAACACACUAGUCACUCAGAAUGUUUCAUAAUGUUCUUUUUAAUUCUUUGUCCCCAUUUAUGGUAGUAGAAUAUUUUCUUUCAUGUGAAGUUUUAGGUCUGACGUGGAUUGGUCUGUGACAUUAUUUAGUCCUUUAGACAUGCUUAAAGAUGUUUUUGCAACAUCUAAAUAAAAUGUAUCUGCUGCACUUUUUAAAAUUCCUUCCCACUCCCGCUUACCCAGCCACUACUGGAAAGAGAUAUUCAUGUACCUUGAGCCUUGUUUGAAAUUGUUUUCAGUAUGUUAAAGAAAAGAUAAUGUUAAUAUGUUUUGAAAAAAAAAAGUGUUAGCAUGCUGGGUACAUUUUUGUCAAGGUUUGGAAUGUCAGUUCACAUAUAGCUGUUGAUCUUGAAAUGACGUUAUGAAUGCCAUAUUGGCAGUGUGUGUGGAUUUUUUUUCCCCCUGUAGUAAGACUUGUCUGUGUGUGCCAUAUUUCCUUUAAAAUUAAUCAUGUGUGAACUUCUCAUAGGAGUGAUUCAGUGGGUGAAUUGUGCAUUGAUGGGUGAGAAUGCAAGCUAGCUGGCUGAGAAGAAAAACUGUGUGUGUGUGGGGGGGGAUUUGCGCCAUUUCAUAAAAAAAAAUGUAUGACCAACCUGUGGAACAAGAAACGGGAUAUUGUGGAAUGUUAAUGAAGUACAAUGUUUUUAUUCAAUGAGAAAUGCACAAUAAAGUUUUAACACUUUUU